AGAAAGCACAGCCUUGUGAAUGGACGGGCAUGGAAAAGAAGUGUCGACAAAGAAAUGCAAAGUUGCUUGCGCGUUCAGGAUGGCAAAGUCGGUGAAAGAGGGAUGAACAAUCAUGUGCCAGACGCCACACCCACCACAGCCACAAACCUAGGCAGUGACGUCUUAGCAUACCGUCUGUGACGGGCAUCUUGUCUUGUAUCGACCACGUUACUUCGUCUCUGAUCCUCGAUCUUUUGGUCUCAUUGCCUAUUACAUCUAACCGAAGACUUUUGGAUCAGAUUCUCAGAACUUGUCCAGAACCGAGGAAACAAACAUCAUGGCCGACUAUGCCCCACCUCCGGGCCCUCCUCCGCCGCAAGUUCCCGAAGGCUGGAAAGCUCAGUGGAAUGACCAGUACAAGGAAUGGUUCUUUGUGAACCUCUACACCAAGCAAUCACAAUGGGAGAAGCCCACCGAGCCCGCCUAUCCUUCCUCGGGCGGCGCUCCCCCAGGCGCCCCUCCAGGCUACGACUCGAACCACUCUCAACACAUGGGUGCCGAGAAGAGCGGCUACGGCUCAAAUAACCCCUACGGCUCGAGCAUCCACUCGGGUGGCUCAGCACACAACGUCAACGACGACGAGGCUCUUGCUCGCAAGCUCCAAGCAGAGGAAGAAGCCCGCGCUCGUCAGACUGGUCAGUCCGGAACCCGCACCGGCGCCUCAGACAACUACUACAGCUCUGCCACACCCUCCCAGCCUCAGUACUCGAACGACCUGCCUCCUCGCGACCAGGACCGUGGUAAGAGCAAGGGUGGUCUCUUGGGCAAGCUUCUCGGCAAGGCCUCGAGUUCGAGUUCGCGUCCCAACCAGGGCUAUGGCCAGCAAGGCUACCCCUCUGGCGGUAUGAUGGGUGGUGGUGGCUACGGCAUGCCUCAGCAACACUACGGUGGCUACCCUCAGCAAGGUUACGGCGGAUACCCACCUCAGCAGAUGUACGGACAGCCGCAGCGUAGAACCGGCGGUGGUUUGGGUGGCGGUGCUGGUAUGGCCUUGGGAGCCGGUGCAGGUCUGCUCGGUGGUGCCAUGCUCAUGAACGGUAUCGACAAUAUGGAAGACAACGCCUACGAGCAAGGCUACGACAAUGGAGGCGGUGGUGAUGACUAUGGCGGUGGCGAUGAUGGUGGCGGUGGUGACUUCUAGUCUCGCACUUUUACAUCUUCGGCAAUCCCUCUCCUUUGUGCUUCACCAAGACUCGAUGGAUUGGAAGGCUGGAUUACGUCUAUCAUGGUUUCCCUAAUAUUGCCUUCUCUGCACCUACUUCGAUUUAGUAUAUACU